AAAGGCAGAGUUGGACGGAGAUUCUAUCUCACUCUCACAGAUAUUGGACUGGACUCACCAAAAGAGUGUCAGGAUUGCCAGAUCGCUCUCCAACACAUAUGCUGUCUAAGAACAAAUAAUUACGUGACUAAUAUUUAUCGUAAAUACUAUAAAAAAAUCUAUCCAGUUUUACGUAAUUUUAUGACUUUACGUCACAUUCAGAGGAAUGUCCACGUCACUGGUGUACAAAAGCUUGGAGUUAUCGGGCUUUGAAAAAGAUUCGCAUAAAGCGCAAAAAAGAAAGAAAAAACGUAAAAAUAUCAAAUAUGAGGGAGUCUGGGAUUUAAUUCCUCCUAAACAUAGAAUUUUUUCCAAAAACGAUGAGACAGAUCCUGAUAUUCCUCUAGGCAGAUCCAGCAAGAUUACAGUUUACGAGACACAGAAACAUCUGGCGUCUCAAGAAGAUCCUACUGAGAAAAAUGUACAACUACUUCUGUCAUUGUGCAACAAUCGAUUAGAUCCCAAAACAACGAGUACUUUGUUGCAUCGUGCUGUAGGAAGGCGAUACGCUCGGCAACAAGAGAAACCUAAAGAAUCCGAGGCCACAGCUUUCACCGAAGAAGAUUUCAGAAAAUUCGAACAAGAGUACACAGAAUAAAACUAAUCUCAUGGUAUUAUUAGAUAUAAAAAAAUAGUGCGAUGUGCGAAUUGAAAUUAAAAUUUCAAAUUUGAAUGAUCAGCAAUGUUCGAUAG